AUGAUCAAUAAACAGUCACCGCAACCUCAGGAGACUCGUUGGCAUUAUUUAGGACCGGAUAACGAAAUGUACGGUAAGUAUUUUCACUGAAUUCCAAACGAAGCAUCCAUGCUGAAAAAAGUAUCGUAUUUUCAGGGCCAUACACUUCAAAGGAUAUGUUGUUUUGGUUACAAUCGGGUUAUUUCACGGAAAGUUUGCAGCUAAGAACAGAAAAUGAGACACAAUAUCAUUCGUUGGGCGAAUGGAAUAGUUUAUUGGGAACUGUGAGUUUUUCAUUAGAAAUUCCGAGGAAAAUAUCACAUUUCUUGAUGAAUCGGCGUUUAUUCGUUUACACAGCCAAAUGAAGUGCUGAAUAUCAUUUUCCGGAUGUUGAUUUUUCUCCUCGUGAUUGUUUUUUUGGUCUCAUAUAAAAAAUAAAAACAAAAAAUCUGAAUUACACAGUUUCUAAGAUUAAUAAAUGAAUUUGCAGCAUCCAUUCAAUAUGCCAAUUUAUUCAAUGGAAUCCCUCAUGUCUCAAAUUCACCAAAUCCGUCCACCACAACCACAAAUGAUGAUAAUGCCACCUGGAAUAGCUCCACCAUAUCCACCACCACAACUUCGUUAUCCAAAUUUCAUGCCAAUGGCACCAAUUCAACAAAUCCAUCAGAUGAAUGGUAUCGGACCGAACGGACCACAACAACAAACUUUGCAUCAAUUACAUUCUCAGCCACCAUCAGAGCCAAUUGAUGCUGGAAGUUUGUCACAUACACCGGAUUCCGAAAAUGAUGUGAGUGGUUUUCACGUAAAAUUAUUUUCAAUCCAAGUCGAAUCUCGAUAUUUUUCCAGAUCCGCACACAUGAAAAAUCGAUGAAACAAAAACAUACAAACGCAUGGUUUGCGGAAUUGGGUCUCCGUGCGGUUAGUUUUUUUUUUUCUACAAAAAAAAUUAUGAGUCAAAUUGUUGUCGAAUUUCUUCGAAGUCGCAUUCUUGUACCCCAAAAGUUAACAUUUUGAAAUUUCAAGAGCACAUGAUUUUUUAAAUAGCCGAGCACUAAAAAGUCUUGUUAUCAAGUAGCUGAGCCUAGUGAAUAUUAUUGUCUAGGGACCGCGCCUUGAGAGCUUCUCUGUCAAGUAGCCAAGUCUAGAAAGCGUAGUUCACAGAAAGUCACUCUAAAGAAAUUCCAACUUGAUUUUUUUCCAGAAUUUGCCACAAGUUACAAGUGUUUCAACAGAAACUGAUGUUGUCAGCACAAAGGAUUCGGCAUGUCAAACUGAAGCCAUUCAUGUAAGUUUUGUCUAGAGAUAUUUUCCAAACUUAAAUAAUUUUCAUUUUUCAGAUCAAUCCAAAAGCGGCAUCGCGUAUUCUUAGUGAGCUUUUUGGUCAAACAGUUGUCAUUAAAAACUAG